UAUCUCCCCACACCUGCCUCCAGGCUUGGGAACCGAUCCCCGCUCCUUCGAUUCUGCACCCUCCGGCACGCCCACUAUGGGCGGACCCACUUUUGGGUAACCGCGAAAGGGGAUGGGAAGGCGCCUCCCCAAAACUGCUGGUGCGGGAAAGCGGAGGAAGAGCCGCAAGAGAGGCACCUUUGAGCUUUGAGAAUGUGAAUGUAAAUUUCACUGGGAAGGGGUCUUUCUUGGAUCUCAUCCUAAGAAUUUUGUACCUGGUUAUCAUGCAGGAGAAUUAUAAUAGUGCUAUCAGCUCUCAAGGUCGUCCAGUUCCUCUGUUGAAUUUUCCGCUGGCACAGAGAGAAGAUUCGUUUGUGCCUGGUCUUCAGGGCCGGGAGGAAAAGGAGACACCAUCAGAUGUCACCUUAGGCUUUCCGAAUAAUACAUUAAAACUGGAAGAACCAACGGAAGGAUACGAAACCUCCCUAAGCGCCUACUCAGGGAUCCCUGAUGUGAUAAUAAAAGUGGAGGAAGAGGAAAAUCCUUCAGAGGAGUGCAGUAGACUCUCGGCUUCCCACAAAGGAGUCCACGGGCAAGUGAGUGGGAAUGACAUGGGUCUUUGGCCAGGGAUUGAGGAGAGAAGGUUGUUGGAGACAAUGAAUGAGGCAAGGAAGCUGCUUAACAGAUCCCUGACGAAGAAAUCAGCCAGCAAACCAUCUGGGGUCCGGGGGGUUUCGUGGAGGCGUGACGAGACCCUCGACCUGCUCGCCCUCUGGGGAGAGCAAAACGUGCAGGAGGCUCUCCGCAGCUGCCACCGGAACAUCGACUCCUUUGAGAUGAUCUCGAAGGAGAUGGGCAAGCGGGGCCACAACCGCUCUGCUGUGGAGUGCCGGACCAAGGCGAAAGCCCUGCGCCUGGAGUACAAGCGGGUGGUCACCCUCAACAGCCAGGUGGGCAGCAACCGGGCAACCUGCCCUUACUUCGAAGAGCUGCACCGCAUCCUCCGAGGGGAUGCCAGUGUGAAGCCGAAGCGGGUGCCGCGCAGCUUAAAUGCCCUCCGCAAGCCCGCUGAGCCCCAAAGGCCCCCGCUGUCGCUGCAGGAAGGCUUGGAGCAGCUCCUCGCGUGCGAUCUGCCAAUCGUCAAGGUGGAAAACGACAUGGAGGACAUGAAUUGCUCCACCCCUGCACCUUCAGGAACUGCCAUGAUGGACCCUGCAGACAGCCAACCCACUACUCACCCAAAUGAGGAGGGGGACGAGAUGCCACUAGAGGAGGCAGCCACACCAGCUCACACAUCCGGGGAUGAAGAGCAAUGCGCCAGGACCCCGGAAAGCCCCACAGGGAGUGCUAGAGGAGGCGUGAAUGUGGAGCCCCAUCCGGCGGAGCUGUCCCCUGCAACACGACUGGCCAAUUCACGUGCCAAGAAGCGCCGCGUACCCGGUCUCUACAGCGUGGCAGAGCGCAUGAUGGAGCAGUCCAGCAGGGAGCACACGCAGGAACUGGAGGAGCGCCGCCGGGAGCACGCUGCAGAAAAGAGGCGGUGUGCAGAAGACCUGGCAGAGCGCCGCAGGCAGCACGAGGAACUGAUGGCGGAAAUGCGGGCAGACAGGGAAGAGGCGAGAGAGGACAGGAGGGUUGUGGAGGAAGCGCUGCAGCGCAAUUUUCACAUCAUGGAAGCUGCCAUGAAGAGUUUGGACAGACUGGGGGAGCUGAUUAUGCAGCAGCAGCAGCAACGGCAGGGUUUUGCCCCCCACCCCCACCCCACGCCCUUAAAUUCCUGCGCACCUUCUGCACAGCAGUUGGAGCGGGACCUACCUGCUGCCUUCCCAUCACAGGGCGAAAGUCAAUCCUCCCAAGCACACCCAUCGCGACCCCUCAAGACGGUGCGCCCCAGGGAUAAGUACUCCCCUGACAUGUAACGUUCCCCCCACUGCUGGAGCACUUUCAUCUACAAAGUCACCCAGUGUUAGAAUCUCACUUCCAGUCUUAAGAUCUCUCUUUUGCUGGCCCCCGCCCCCCCUUGCCCAUAUUUGGUUUCCUACUUUCUUUGCUUCUAUAAAAUAAAAGCUCAGGUGUCUUUCUUUA